GAUAAUGUGGUUUUGUUACAGCACGUGUAUGAGCAGUAGAGGCGCCAUAGUCCUUCUGUAUGGGUGCUGUUUAAAGGGUUUAAAUAACAAAGCUACAGCUGCAUCCACACACAAGGUUAUGCGACGCGUCACGCAGUACUAGCCAGAAGAACCAAAUUCAGAACUUCGAAUGACACCGACGGUGAAAUAAUUGGCUUCUCGGAAAAUGGAUCUCAUGAAUAUAAAUCGGCAAUCUGAUAAAGAAUCGAAUGGCUUCAAAGAUAAAGACCCAGACUGCCGAAAUGGUUCAGAGAAAGAGGAAGAACCUUUGCUCCGAGAAAACCCCAGACGGUUUGUCAUCUUCCCCAUCCAGUACCCCGACAUCUGGAAGAUGUACAAGCAGGCACAGGCCUCUUUCUGGACCGUGGAGGAGGUUGAUCUAACCAAAGACUUGCCACACUGGGACCGUUUGAAACCUGAGGAGAAACACUUCAUCUCCCAUGUGCUCGCCUUCUUCGCUGCAAGUGAUGGUAUCGUCAAUGAAAACCUGGUGCAGAGGUUUUGCCAGGAGGUGCAGGUCCCUGAAGCACGCUCCUUCUACAGCUUCCAGAUCCUUAUAGAGACUGUUCACUCAGAGAUGUACAGCAUGCUCAUCAACACUUACAUCAGGGACCUGAAGGAGAGGGACAACUUAUUUAACGCCACUCAGACCAUGCCUUGUGUGAGACGAAAAGCAGACUGGGCCCUCCAGUGGAUAAAUGACAGCAAAUCUACAUUUGGAGAGCGAAUUGUGGCUUUUGCAGCAGUGGAGGGCAUCUUCUUCUCUGGUUCAUUCGCUGCCAUCUAUUGGCUCAAGAAGAGAGGACUCAUGCCUGGCCUCACCUACUCCAACGAGCUGAUUAGCAGGGAUGAGGGCCUGCAUUGUAACUUUGCCUGCCUGCUGUACAGCUACCUGGUGAAGAAACCAUCAGAGGACAGAGUAAAGGACAUCAUCACCAAAGCUGUUAGCAUUGAGCAGGAGUUUUUAACAGAGGCCUUGCCAGUGGAUCUCAUUGGAAUCAACUGUUGUCUUAUGAAGCAGUACAUUGAGUAUGUGGCCAACCGGCUUCUCGCUGACCUCGGACUGGCCAAGGUCUACCAAGCUGAAAAUCCAUUUGACUUCAUGGAGUCCAUUUCAUUAGAAGGGAAAACCAACUUCUUUGAGAAACGAGUAGGGGAGUAUCAGAGAUUUGGAGUUAUGUCAAGCAUGACGGACUGUGAAUUCACUCUGGAUGCGGACUUCUGAAAUGGAGAUGACAUUCUGUAACAUACUUGUUAAAUGUGAGAUAUUUAUUUAUUUAUUUUGUUUAAGCAGUUAAUGACAAAAGACAGCCUCAAGUCUUGUUACAACAAAGUGUUACAAAGGAUGAAUGUAUGGCUGACAGGUUAAAGCUGCAGUCUUCCAGCAAACAUGUACAACGUUUUGGCAAUAGGGACUGUCAGACUGAAAAUUACACCUGGAGUUAAUUUGUUGUUAUGUUGACAAGGCAAGCAUAUGACCUAAGUUUUGACUAAACAUAAAUAUUUGAUUGAGGCGAAUGAUAGGAUUGAUUGAUAUGUUCCUCAUUGGGCAUCUGAAGAUGGUUAAUAUCUUGAAUAUAUUUUAUUGAGUCUGCAGUUCUGGCAGCUGGCUUCUAUGGUUGAUUGUUUUAAUAUUUUGUACAAUAAAAUGUUUUUUUAAAUGAAAA